AUGUCUAGGAGUCAGCUUGCCCAGGAGAGGAAAUCUCUAGAUUCUUUUGUCUGGGUAAAUGAGAUCACUGGAGAAGUCACCCUCCCUCCAGGGGAGGAGACCGCACUCGCAGCUUCUUCCGGAGAGAAGCAGCGUAGGGCGAAGAAGUCGGGGUCCUGGCGUGGGAGCGCGGCCCGCGCGGCGGCUGCACCCAGACCGGCGUCCCCGGCGAACCCCGAGGCUGCGGGGGGCGCUCUGCCCGAGCAGCACCCGCUGGGAGCGUCGCCUCCACCUGCUAUGACGCUGCCAGCCAGCCCUUCUCCGCCCUGGGCUCUGCCCUGCAAGCUGAGGAACGUCCUGACGGGAAGCAACCGGUUUUCCUUCUGAGCACCGGGCGGGCGGAGCAGCCCCACCCCCACAACACAGGUUUUACAGGAACCCGCAAAAACGCUCUCAGACCCAAUACAAACUUUUCUGAGAUUUUUUUUUACAGACUACGGUUCUGGUGCUGGAGUCGUCUGUGGGAAAGAAGCAUGGCUUGAGUGGGGUGAGAACAGGCCAGGGUGAGGGGGCCUGCUCGCCCGCUCCUCCCCCGCUCGCCCGCUCCCCCGCUUUCCCGCUCUCCCGGGCGGCACUUGCAAUGGAAAGCGCUGAGUUCAGCCUGCUCGUGGGUAGCACUGCACACACCUCACGCCUGUGCCUGAGCUGUACCCACCGUCUUCCCGGCCGAGCCUAGGACGAGUCCCCAAGCCACAGUUCGUUGUAGGCUCCACGCGGGCCUGAAGGCGGGGCCAAAGGGUGCUCUGCGGCUCCUGUGCCCUGAGGAGGGUUGGGAACAGCCUCAGGAGGGUGUGGCAUGGUGUGGGAAGGCCUCAGAGCCCUGCAAGUGAAAGCUGCAGGCGGAGCGGGGGCGGGAGGGAGGCUGAAGGCCCAGGUGGUUCUGGGGAGCCAGAGAGGAGGCGAGCUGCUGUGGCAGGGGGCAGGGGUCUCCGCAGGGAGGGUAGUCCCGUGGAGGGGAGGCGGGGCAGCGGGGUUCCUUCCACAGGCCGUUUUGCGUGAGUGCUCUCUCACGGUGGCGCUAGUGGGACGGGAGUGGAGUCUUCAGUAGGUGGGGUCUAGCUGGAGGAAGUAGCUCACCAGGGACCGAACUUUGAAAAGGUAACCCGAGGUCCAAGGCUGAGAUGCUACUGGUAGUCUGAGUACGGGGAGGCCCACGAGACCCCUAGGGAGACCACCACUUGCCGACUUGCCGAAGGAACGCACAACGUUUCUUGAUUGGAAUUCAAGCCUAGGCAGGGACCUCGUCCCGCAGACUGGCGCAGCAGUCGAAGGAGGACGUCUCGAGCCUGAUAAGCAGAGGGCUUUAUAAAGGCAAAGAUCACAGAAUAGGGUUAGGGGUACAGGUUCGAAGCUGACUGACUGCAGAGUCCAGGCAGACUGGGGGCUUUCCAGGGGUUUUAUCUCUUGUACCAUUUGUGCCCAUAAAAGUUGUUUCUCAACUUUUCAGGUUGGUUGCCAUGGAGUCAGGGCCAUCUGUCUCCCCUUCCCUACUAGUGGGACUGUUUGUAGUUAUCUCCCCUUCCUGCCCGUCAGAUUUUCCAGGGGUGGUGGUGGUAUAAGCCUUUUGCACAGGUCAUGGGGUCAGGUUCUCACAGAGUGCUGUUUUGGGCCCCUUUUCUCUUGGAUGGCUCUGGUUUGACCUUUCAGCACCAGGAUGGAGAUCAGAGUUCGAGUUAGGGCAGCCAGCAGUCUCCUCAGGCUUUCACCAUGCCUCCCAUUGUAGACCAGGUGUGUAUGUGUGUGUGUUCAUGCGUGCGUGCACGUACCUCUGUGCCUGGUCUCACAAAGCCAAGAAGAGGGUGUUAGAUCCUCUGGAACUGGAGUCACUGCUAUAAACAGUCAUAAGAGCUGGUGAAGGGACCAGCUCCCCAUUUCGGCAGCCAUAACAGCCAAACACAUGCUUGCCUGACCUUACCUUGGUCACUUGGAGGUCAGAUGCCUCGUGGCAAGGAACCAAUCAGAAGUUAGCUGGUGGCGCUAUGCUUUCCGGCUCUGGAUGUAUUUUACCGACAAGUGCACAGCAAUGACACUCAGAGCACAGCAAUCUCCCUGGGAGGGCCUAUGGGCCAUAACAACUGGUUAACCAAUCAACACAGGGCAAGCCCUCCAAGCCUGG